AAAUGAUAUCAUCAGCAUCUUUUGUGUGGGACUAUGCAGCAGUGUGAUUUUUUUUUUUUUUUUUAAAUCCAAGAGUAUGAAGUAAGAAAUAGGCUCGGGAGGGGUAGGUAAGUGAGAUUGGAGAAGUCAGCUGGGACUUUACCAGUAGAAUCUCCAAAUUCUCUGUUAAGAACUGGGGCUUAAGCCCAAUGCCGUGCCAUAUGCCUGUAAUCCCAGCUACUUGGAAGGCCUGAGGCAGGCCAGCCUGGGCAAUUUAGUGAGAUUCUGUCUCAAAUAAUAAAAAGGACUGGGGAAUGUGGCUUGGUGAUAGAGUACCCCUGGGUUCAUACCCAUUAUGGCAGGAUGAGGGUGGGGAGAAAAGCUAGAGCUCCACAAAAAAAGUAUGGUACAUAUGUGGUGGGGAGGUUGAAGUGGACAGAGGACUGUUUUGCAAGUUAAGAUUUUAUACAUUGAUUCAACAAAUCUAAAUCCCUCUUACCUGCUGGUUGCGAUGGGGACAGUGGAUACACUUCACAGUCUAGUGGCUGGAUCCAGGGUGGUGUCAUCAGCAUCCUUUGUGUGGGUGGUCAGCAUCAGCUAGUCCAGUGGGCGAAACAGUGGAAAGGCAGAGCUGCACGGUGCUGGGGCAAGGGCAAGCAGAGGGGUGCUUAUGGAGUCUGGGCUAAGCAGUGUGUGUUUGCCAGUCAGGGAGCAGGCCAGGGAUACUUUUUGGGCAGCCUAAAAGUACCAACCAAGAGCCAAAGGAAAGCCAGAGCCAAGCUUUCUUGGGGGGAAAUAAAACAAGUUUAGGGAAAUGAAGCCCCAGUGUGUGUGGAGGAUGGGAGACCAGAGGAGGUGCUUAUCUAAUUAGGAUGGAGGCAGAGCAGUUGUGCAAGAAUGAGAAAGGACAAGGUCAUCCCCAAGAGAAUUUAGGACUUGACUGGGUAUUGGGGAUGAUGGAGAGCAGGGGUGUCUAGGGCUUCUUGGUGGAGGGUGAGGGUGUGGUAAGUGAACUAGAAAAGGAAUUGGCCAAAUUUGAAGAUUAGCGAGAAUAAGGAGGUGGCCCUUCAAUAUAAGGGCCCAGAAUCCUAGCCUUCUGGGGGCCCAUCCCACCCAACCCGUGGCUAUCGCAGAUCCUUUCAUUGCAGUUCCUGGGCUUAGUGAGUCUUCCUUCCCAACCAGUCCUAGUGUUGGAAGCCCUUCUCCUCAUCCUGGUGGUUGGGGCCUCUAGCCCAUAGUCCCUGAGUGUUCAAAUCUAUCCCCACUCCCUGUGGCUCGGAGACCCUUCCUGCACUUCCGUUCCUGAGGGUUCGAAGUCCCCGCCCUCCCACAAUCCAUGGGAGUGAGGACCCCAGCCUCCGCCGGCAUUCGGAGCCCCUCCCAGCAAAGGCUGAGGUCCUGGACUUGGCCCUACGAUGGGCGCUCUGGCUCUGGGGCUGGCGCUCUGGGGCUGGGUGCUGGGUCCGGCGGGGGCCCUGGACGCCUUGGGCCCUCACGCGGCCGUCCGUCUGGCCGAGCUGCUGACUCCGGAGGAGUGUGGCCAUUUUCGGUCACUCUUGGAGGCGUCAGAGCCCGACGUGGAGGCCGAGCUGGCCCGGCUUUCCGAGAAUCGUCUGGCGAAGCCCAAGCCGCGAACACUCCUGUCGGGGUCUCCAGACCAGCUGUGGCGGCGGCGGCGGCGGCGGCGGGAGGCGACUGAGGUCCCGACGAGCCAGGUGACCGAGCCCAGGAAAGUUUCCGACGAUUGCCGGGAAGCCCUGGCGUCCUGGCUGGCUGCCAAAGCCUUGUCCCUGUCUUGGGACCGUGUGGCCCGGGCCCUGCGGCGUACUGGUCGCCCCGAUGUGGCCCGGGAGCUCGGUAAGAACCUCCACCAGCAGGCGACGCUGCAGCUGCGCAAGUUCGGGCAGCACUACCUGCCGCCUCCGGGAGUCGCCGCCCACGUCCCCGCCGCGGCCCCGCGGCCCCGGCGCACCUUGGAUCACGCGCCCAACUGGGACGAGCUAGAGCUGAUCGUGGAGCGCCUGCCGCAGCCCCCGUACGAGCGGAGCCCCGCGGGCUGGGCCGGGCCGCUGGCGCUCGGCCUCCUUACAGGCUUCCUGGGAGCGUUGGGCUCCGGGGCUCUGCUUAUCCUGCUCACGCUGUGGAUCACUGGCCGCGAUGGCGACCCGGCGCGGCCCAGAGGCCGUGACCCACCCACCAUGCCCCGGCCGAGGCCAGCCGAGGCGCACCGCCGGUGGGAAACAGAGCCGCUUCUGACUAGGGAGCCGCUCGCGUCCCCAGCCCUCCGGGCUCGGGUUGCAGCUGAGCCAGAUUGCCCCUCGCCUCCAUACCCCCCGUGGUGAAACGGGAGCACCAGGCUUUAGGAGUGCUGCCUUGUACGUUUGAUAAAAAUGUUCCAAAAUGCCCAGCGGAGGGAGCAGUUUGUUGUCGGUUGGAAAUGCCCAGCCUAGCCCGUGGACUGCAGAUGGAACACCAGGGGCGCUGGUGCCAGUCUCGCAGGGUGGGGGCGGACCUCUCACUUCUUAACAGCCUUAGUUCUGCCUUAUCUUGCAGUUUUUCUCCCACUAAGAGCUACCACUUAUUGAACACAGUCUGUGUGCAGGGCUGGUGCAAAGAAGUUCUGUACAUUAUUUGAUUUUCUCCUCCAAACCCAAGAAGGAAGUUAUUUCUAUUAGACAUCAGGAAACCCUGCUCACAGUUUCUUAGUGCCAUAGUCAGGCUUUUGAACUCAGAACCACUGACCUGAAAAUUUGAGUCCCAGAGGAAUGGUAUGUGCCGGAUGAGGGAGCUUGAGACACACAUGGGACCAGAACAAUAUGCACAGCUUCCCUGGGUUUGCUCUGAGGUGCUGCUGGAUUGUGCAGGGGCAGUGCAGGGAGAGGGGCGCCCUCUUGCAGAGGCUGCUGCCUACCAGUUGCCCCACUCAGGCAAGGCUUCCUGAAGUUCCAGCUGGAGCCCAGGACCUUUCCCACCCACUUCUGAGUCCAGGGCUUAGGAGUGAGAGCCAUGACAGAAUGACAGGCCAAUCCAAGAGGAGAAUUGAAAACAAGAUUGACGUAACCCUUUAUUGCAAAUUCUAAAGUAAAAAGAUGUACAGUACAAAGUAAAAUUGAAAUUUCAGACUAUAAACCAAUCCACUUAUACAUUCUCAUU